CAUCUCCCGGCCACAUUAUGUGCAGAAAAUUCAAACGCAGUUUCCGCGAGCCAUUAAUUUAUCGUAUAUAAGCGUGCGGUUAAAGCUGUUGAUUCAGAUUGAGUUCUAUUCAGAUAUAAGCCGAACAGAAUUUCAAUUCGUUAUACGAUUUUUGCAUUUCUCGAUAUGUCCGCUUCACCAAUGGCCAGAAAGGCUACUGCCAGUCAAGCUAUUCCCACAAGGAAAGUGUUCAUUAACGAUCCGUCAGAGCUGCCCAGUUAUUAUUCGUCUACUCCAGGAGGUACCAUUUAUUCAACAACCCCUGGAGGAACGAGAAUUGUAUAUGAGAAGUCCGUCUUGAUGAAUCUCAGGAAUUCACCGAUCUCAAAAACUCCCCCAAACUACGAUAUCCCUAGUUCCUUAGUAAAAGGAGCGCCCUAUGAGAAAAAAAAUAGCAGUCCAAAUAAAAAGAAGACAAUCAAAAGCAAUCCAAUCAAAAAGGAAGACUCGAAGCACGAAGAAGAAGAUCAGUUCGAUAUGGACUUAUAGCAAAAUCAAGUGGAAUGACAAUGCAUGAAACUGUAUACUUAUAUAUAGGCUGAUUUUUAAAUUUAAAUUAUAGUUGUAUUUAUUUUUUUAAGUCUUAUGAUUAUGUUCAAAUAAUCUUGAUGAAUUUUGUUCCUUUUCGAACUGUUAAUUAAACUGCCAUUAUCGAAAAAAUAUAUUAUGAUGAUGAACAUAAA